AUCCACGGGUACACUUGUUUAACCGUAUUUACCAGUAAAAGCAUCUAGGGUUUUUGCUUCUCUCUUUCUCGAUUAUUAUCAGCGUUGCCGAUAAGCAAUCCAACCAAAAUCGCCGUCGCACAUCGCCACCACCACCGCCACCAUGACGACGGUAGUCCCUACGUCAGAGGAGGAUCCCGUCCUCUCCGUUGUCCGUUUCACCGCCGAGAUGUCCUGGGCCGAAGCCGGUCCUGAGGUGGCUGAACAACAAGUGAGUAGCUUGUGUUUGGAGGCUCAGGAGUUCAUGAUUGCUGGUAGAUGGUUGGAUUUGGCUUCGUUGAUGAUUACUUCUGCUGAUUUGGUGUUUUCCAAAGCAUCAGAUAAAGAUCUUGAGUGUAUCUUCACCAUUAUCUGUGAUCUCGUGAAGAAACCCGAAAGCCUUGAAGAACUGUUAGAGAUGGCAAAACUCUUAUCCUCAAAAAUUGCACAACAACCAAAUGAUAAGCCUGCACUACGAUUAAAAAUCCUGUUCAAUCUCUACAACCUGUUGGAGAAUCCUUACGGUAGGUUCUGCGUUUACAAGAAUGCCCUUAAAUUGGCAUUGGAGGGAAAGGUCGUAGAACACGUUAUUCCGUCUUUUAAAAAGAUGGACAGUUUGUUGAAAGAAUGGGAUCUUGGAGUCCAGGAUCAAAGAGAUCUUUUCCUCUCCGUUUCUAAUGUGUUGAAGGAACAUAAAAGCUCCCCUAAGGAAACCCUUAAGUUCUUAACAAAGUAUUUGGCAACCUUUUCUGGUGAGGAUGCACAUGUUACGGAGGAAGCUAAGGAAGAAGCUGCUCACACUAUUGUUGAAUUUGUCAAGGCACCUGACAUGUUUCAGCAUGAUUUGCUUGAGAUGCCUGCUGUAGCACAAUUGGAGAAAGACACCAAGUAUGCAUUAGUAUAUCAGCUUUUGAAGAUUUUUCAGACUCAGAGGCUAGACGCUUACUUGGAGUUCCACACCACAAAUUCUGAAUUAUUGAAAAGCUAUGGUCUUGUACAUGAAGAAUGUAUAGCAAAGAUGCGGUUGAUGUCAAUUGUCGAUCUUGCCUCUAAUGAAUCUGGCCAAAUUUCCUAUUCUUUGAUAAAGGACACACUCCAGAUAGAGGAUGAUGAAGUUGAACCGUGGGUAGUUAAAGCAAUUACUUCUAAACUCAUCGAUUGCAAAAUCGACCAAAUGAAUCAAGUCAUCAGAGUGAGCCGCUGCACUGAGCGUGUUUUUGGGCCACGCCAGUGGCUAGCCCUACGAGAAAAGCUGGCAACAUGGAGGGGUAACAUAGCAAAUGUAAUAACAACCAUUCAAGCAAACAAGGCCACCGAAGAAGGAACUCCAGCGAUGCAAGGUUUGGUGAUAAGUUAGAUUUUGGUUCAUCUUGGCGAACAUCGAGGAACAACAGAGGUGUGCACACACAAGUCUUGUUAUUGCUUUUAGUUGAAGUGUUAAAUCACAUUUUGAAAGUUUUGUCUCCAGCAAGUCUUUUAAUUUAAGUUUACAGCUUUACCUUUUUUCGGUUUGAAUUUGUAUUAUCUGAUGACGGAAUAUAGCAACCGCAGACGGUAUUUUGCUCUUAGCUUUAUGUUUACCAUUAUUGAAAUCAUUCACAAAGAUCUGAGCCUUGUGAA